CCAACACUACGAAUAGUCUUACAAGAAAAAAGGAAUUGCGAACAAUUACCACCAAUCGAACACCAAUUUUGAGCUUUUUCCACGUACAUUUGACCUUGCCAACAAAGAAAUUUAAGCAAAAGCAGAAAAUAAAAAAUGACAGAUUCUAUGAAAUUUGGACCCGAAUGGUUGCGCAAUAUGUCCGCCGAGCCCGCCAAUAAUUUGGCCAAUAGCUCUGCCACAAAUCCCCCCCUACAUAGCAGCAGCGGGGGUGGAAGUGGUGGUGGGGGCGGGGGAGUUGGGGGCAUUGUUGCAGCCAGUUGCCGUAAUAUGUUUCCGGAAUAUCGUUACGGGCGGGAGGAAAUGCUAUCGCUAUUCGAUCGAAAUUGUUUGUUGCCACAAAUAUUGCCAUCGUUUAAGAAAUUAUUUGUGGAAAAGGUGCAAUUUCCUUUGGCACUGACGCCCAGCACCGAGGAUGAUCUAAAUAAUAGCCAAAGUCAGCUGGGCAGCAGCUCUCGUCCCGCUUGGCUGCAGCGUUCGCCGGGCACCUUUGGUUUGUCCGCACGUGGCUCUUCCGCCGGACGGGGUGGCGGUGGUGGGGGCGGUGGCAAUGUGGAACGUGGUCGCAUGCGUGGCAAGUCCAUUUAUCAUCCGAUCUAUCAAAGAGCGAGCAAUAUAUACGACGAUAGUCUGUCCAACAUUGCACUGAAGCCCGAUCGCAAUUGGAGCGAGCGCAAUGGUUCGGCUGAGCCGACCGCUGUAAAUGUUGUUGCUGCUGGCGUCGAUUGGAAUGGCGGCACGCCCAGCUCCAGCCCACGCAAAGAUUUCUCCAGUCACAAUCGCAAUCUCGAGAAUUGGCGACGCAAUCGACACGAAGACGGUGCUGCCGAUGGGACGGCAGGUGGAACUGGAGGAGGCGGAGGUGGGAUUGUUGGCCCCGAGGUGGCAGGUUGGCGCAGUGGCGGCAAUCAACGUUGGGGUCGUUCCACCAGCUGGCGAGAUGAGGAACAACUACCAACUGUGGGCAACUUGGACGCAGUAGCAACAGUUGGUGGCAUGCAACGUUCCAUUUCAGUGAUUGGCACUGUAAACACGGAGCGUGAACGCAACAAUUCCAAAUCGAGCGGCGGACGUUCCAAAUGGCCAGGAAUUGAUGCAGCUGCCGAGGAACAUUUGCCCGAAUGGGCAAUGGAGAAUCCCUCCGAAAUGGGCGGCACUUUUGAUGCCAGUGGCGCUUUUCAUGGCGACACUUUGGAAGCAGCCGAGCAGCUGAAGAAGGAGCAAGUGGAACGGGAAAUUGAAAGGGAACGAGCAGAGAUUGCCUCAAAAGACGAAGAUGUUAAAAUCAACGAGGUGGAGCAAUCAAAAACAGCAGCCAAGUCGGCUAAUAAUAAUAAUAAUAGUAAUGGCAACAAUAAUAAUACGCCGGUGCCAGCGAAGGCAACAGAAACAGCUACGGAUAAGCUGUCAGCACUUGGUGGCGACAUAUCGGAUCGCUUUAAGGAAGUGGCCAAUGAGGUGGAGAAAUUAAUUAUGGAUGAUGAAACGGAGCAGCAGCAAAUGGGAGCUGCAAGUGGAGCUGCAAUUGGAGUAGGAGGAAUCGGAGCUAAGGGAGGAGUUGGAGCUGUAGCUGGAGUUAAAGGAGGAAUUGGGGCAGGAGCUGGAGGCGGAGCUGAAGUUGAGGCCACAAUUAGACGAUAUGGCUUAAGCUGUUUAACAACACUGGAGGAAUUAAAUAUGAGACAGCAGCAGCAAUUACCGCAACAACAGCAUCAGCAAUUGUCACAGCAACAAUUAAGCCAACAGCAGCAGCAACAAUUGCCCCAACAACAGUUGCCUCAACAAUUACCACAACAGCAGCAACAGCAACAAUUGCCUCAACAGUUGUCACAACAAUUACCCCAACAACAACAGCUGCACGUGCAGCAGCAGCAACAGUUGCCGCCAACCCAUCUAUCCGUGUUGACACCACCGCCCCACGUGCUCUCAGCGAAAUUGAAUGAUUUGUGGUUCUAUCGGGAUCCACAGUCGAAUGUGCAGGGGCCGUUCAGUGCGCUAGAGAUGACUGAAUGGUAUCGGGCUGGCUAUUUUAAUGAGGCGCUCUUCGUGCGGCGCAUUUCUGACAGCUGUUUUCGGCCGCUGGGCGAAUUGAUUAAAUUGUGCCACGGCAAUAUGCCGUUUACGCACAGCCAUCUGCUGCCUACGCCCAGCGAACUGGACACUUUGCAACAGCUAAAAUUGCCACAACAACAGCAACAGUUGCCACAACAACAGCAACAGUUGCCACAACAGCAGCAACAGUUGCUGCUACAGCAGCAGCAACAGCUCAAGGCAAAUGUGACAGCAGCAGCGGAUUCUUUGAGUGCUGCUGUCAAAAAUCAUUUGGGGCACAACACGCCACGCCUGGACACCUCGCACAUGCUGACGAUGCGCUUCCAAAUGUUGCAAGACCAGUACAUGCAACACCAGGAAUAUCAAAUACUCACCGAGCUAUCAAAAAACGAAUGCUUUCAACGUAUGGAUGUGGCACAAAGAGAAGCCUACGUUCGCAGCAAGGUGCAACUGUUGGUGCUGCCCGAAUAUCUGAGCAGUUUUAGCGGGCUGAGCAACACGUUGGCUGCUUUGAAUCCCAUUGCUGGGAAUCAGCUAAAUAGCGCCAUUGCACAGCAGGCUAAAAAGGAACAACAGCAGCAGCAACAGUUGCCACAGCAGCAGCAAUUUGAUCAGCGUUUGGCUGCUCAAUUUUUAGAUGCGAAUGAUUUUAUAUUAAAUGCACAAUUAUUGCAGCAGCAACAACAACAAUUGCCACAGCAACAACAGCAACCAGAACAGCAACAAUCAGAGCCAGAAACAGAUUUGAACACAGCCAGCGAUCUGGAUUUAUUAAGUGAAUACAAUUUGCGUAUGAUGCUGCGUGGCGCCAGCAAUACACAGCAACAAUUGCCACAGCAGCAACAGCGUCAGGCAGCAGCAGUAGCAACAGUUGCUGCUGGUUUAGUCAAGCCCAAUUCAGUUGUUGACUUUAUGACUGAAACACAGGUAUUAAUGUUGCCCAUGUGGCAGCAGCAACAACAGCAACAAUUGCCACCGCAGCAGCAGCAGCAACAAUUGCCACCGCAGCAGCAGCAGCAACAAUUGCCACCGCAGCAGCAGCAACAGUUGCCCGCUAGCUGGCCUAAUUUGCCCAAUGCCAAAGUUACUUUAUGGGAUGUGGAAACGCUAGAAGAAGAACAAAGCCAACAAUUGUUGCUGCAACAACAGCGACAACUAGAUUUUGUGGACAAGCCAGCAACGAUUGUUGCCGACAACAACAUGGAGCAGCAACAACAGCAGCAUUCGCAACCAGCAACAGCAGUUGCUAAGGCAAACAGCAAGCAGCAACACCAACAGCUGAUGAAAGCAGCUGGUAAAUUGCAGGCGGAUCUGAAGGUCAGCGACGAAGAGCGUCGGCGUGAGCUGGCCGAGGAGAAACGUCGCCUCAAAGAGGAACGCAAGCGUCAGCAACAGGAGGAGGAGAAACGCAGGGCGAUCCUCGCAGAGGAGGAGCGUCAACUGCAGCAGCAGGAGGAAAAGGAGCGACAACAACAAAUUCAAGCACAGCGACGCAAGGCGCUCCUCGGUGGUGCUGCAGCUGCAACUGGAAGUGUGGCAAGCAAGCAAGCUGCAACCCUUUCGAGCAGUGCUGCCACAAAGAGUGAGCCGCAAAUGUUGCAAGGUGGUAGUCUGCGCUCCUCGUCGUCAUCGAUAGCCCCUUGGUCGCUGCAGACACCUAACGUGGGCAACAUUGCCCCCGGCCUGGCGGAGAUACAAAAGGCCGAGCGGCGCGAACGCCGUGCUGAUCAGCAGCGUCAGCAGGAGCAGCUGGAGAAGCAGAUGCGUGCAACAGCCGCAGCGGCAGCAGAGGCAAGCGAUGCGCUGCUCAAGUGGCAAGCAACACCAGGUCCAACUUUGGUGAUGAGUCUCGCAGAAAUUCAAGCGGAAGAGGCCAAGCGACUGGCAAACGAACUGCUCGAACAGCAACAGUUGCAGCAGCAGCAACAGUUGCAGCAACAGCAACAACACUUGCAACAAGCAACACUUGCUGCCAGUUUGAGUGUGGCCAGCAACAAUAUUUGGGGAAACAGCACCAACAAGGCUGCUUGGAGCUCUGCAGCAACAGCUGCCUGCCUCUGGGAUGAACCAGGAACAACAGUUGCAGCAGCAGCAACUGUUAAACCAGCAACAACAGCUGCUGCUGUUUUGGCUACUGGUUUGCCCAGCAGCAACAAGUUGCAAGCUGCUGCUGCUGGCAAAUCUGUGUUGCCCUCGUCACGCAAUCUACGGAAAAGUCAAACGUUGCCAGCAAUGCAAAGCUCAACAGCUGCUACUAUAGCAGGUGCAAUUGCAACUGUUGCCAAGAGUUCCACUUCGAAGCAGCAACUUAAAGUAACCACAACUAAAAUAGCUGGCAAACUUACCACAGCUACUGCUGAGGAGAAAGCAGGCAAACUGACUGGUGGCAAGCAGCAACAGCAACAAACUGGCAACAACAUCAGCGACUCUGCUGCUGCCUCAUCAAGCAGCAAGGUCAGCGAAUAUGAAAAUGAGUUUACAACUUGGUGCAUGAAGAGCUUGGACAACAUGGCUGCCAAGGUGGAUGUUCCAACAUUUGUGGCCUUCUUGCAAGACCUGGAAGCACCCUACGAAGUGAAGGAUUACGUGCGCAUCUACCUGGGGGAGGGCAAAGAGUCGACAGACUUUGCCAAGCAAUUCUUGGAGCGGCGCAGCAAAUACAAAAGUUUGCAACGCGCCCAAAAUGCACACAAUGACGAUAUGUGCAAACCGGCACCGGCCAUAACACCCUCCAGCAAUGACAAUGCCGAAAAUAAGAACAAGCAAAAGAAAAUCAAGAAAAAUAAGAUGACCAAAAUGGAUGCGCGUAUUUUGGGUUUCUCGGUGACUGCUGCUGAGGGUCGCAUUAAUGUCGGUGGUCGCGAUUAUGUCGAUGGACCGUAACAACACCUCCCACGGGCCAUUUUCCGGCGGAAAGUUGCUAGUUAUAGUUUAAAAAUUGAAUUUGAAUUUGAUUUGAAAGAAACACAGAAAGGUCACAAUUGGAUGUGCCUAUAAAUCUGUUAUAAAUAAAAACAACAGAAUUCAUAUAAACCUA